UGGGGUGAGCUCUCACAAAAGAGCCCUCCGUCCAUCGUCAUCAUCCCCUUCCAAAUCCUCAUCCUUCAUCCCAGGAUGAAAAAGACUGAAAAUCGCGAUGUGGUUGGAGUCGGGGGCAUAAGGGCCAUCGCAGGCCGCGAUGCGGUUAUCAGAGCUGUGCGGCCAGGGGGUGACUCAGGGCUGAACUUGGCGCCAGGUCAGGCAGCCUUGAGCCCCGCUAACUGCGGCGCUCAGAGAUUAGGCGGAUGUAACAAUCACCUGAGAGGGAGAUUAAAGGCCUCUCAACGGGGUCCUUUGUUCUCGGCCUCAUUUGAUGCUCGGAGAGCCGCGCCGCGGAAAACGCUUUAAAUGUUUGCCCCCAGUACCGGGACGGUUUCAGAGAACGGGGAAAGCCCCACCAUCAUGGAGAAGGGCCGCUUCUCCGUGGAGUGGUUGGCGCAGAGCAGCCGCGGCGGGGAUAACAGCGCAGCUCAGGGGGAGUGCGGGGCGCGCGGCGGGACCGCUGCUGCCGGCCGUCGGGAGAACAACAGCGGCACGUGCGGCUCUGCCCGCCUCACCGCCCCUCCGACGCCGCUCUCCCUUCCCGCAGCACACGCGGCCCCGCGACGGCGCGGCCCCGAGCACGAGGUGGAGGCGGGAGGCGGCGCGCGGUCCCGCACCAAAUUUUCGGCGGCGCAGCUGCAGGAGCUCGAGCGGAGCUUCCGCGAGCAGCGCUACAUCGGCGCCAGCGAGAAGAGGCGGCUGGCUGCGGCUCUGGACCUCUCGCAGAGCCAGAUAAAAACCUGGUUUCAGAAUCGCCGCAUGAAAUUUAAACGCGAGACGCAGGAUGCCAGGGUGGAAGCCCUUGUCUCAGGCCUGUUCCUGCCCUAUCACUGUUAUCCGGAUACAGUGACACCCAGCUGCCUUCAUGGGGUGGAUAUCAGUGUUUCUUCUACCCCCAGUGCUCCUCUCCACCCAGCAGGACCCAGCCCAUCCCUGCUGAUGGCCACUGUUCCAGCUCAGCUCCCACAGGCAGCUUUGCCAGGCACAGCUUUGCUGCUUCCCCAAAGCCCAGCACUGCCUGCAUACUCUGCUGUGAUCCCAGCUGUGACUUUAACCAACGACCACAAAGGACUGAGAUUCCAGCCCUACCUACCUUCUUAUUAACAAUGACAAAGAUUAUCUGUAAUCUGCCAAAUAUCUAAAGAGUAAUUAUUUAUUUAGUUAUA